ACACACACACACACUGAAACACACACACACACACACUCCCUCCCUCCCUCACACCGACGGUUGCCAUCAGCAGUGUCUGACGGCUGCAUCCUUCUCUGUAGCAACGCUGUCUCUGAAAUCCAGACCGCAGGACACCCGCUUUUGUGUCCGAGCAGGAGCCAUUGUUAUUCCUCUUCCCCCUCCCUUUUUUUUUUUUUUUUUAUAAAUUUUUUGUUUUUCCAGCAGCAGCAGCAGCAGCAACAGCCAUGGACAUGAUGGGCAACAAAGAGCGACGAGGCGUGCAUUUCAAAGGCUUGCUGAGGAGGAACUGGCUCCUGAUUGCCACGAUUGUGUCGGUGCUGCUCGGGAUCAGUUUGGGGGUCGUGGUCCGAGAGUACGCGUCCCUCUCCAACCUCCACAAGCAGUACUUCGGCUUCCCGGGGGAGAUCCUGAUGCGGAUGCUGAAGCUGGUCAUCCUUCCUCUCAUCAUUUCGAGCAUGAUAACAGGCGUUGCAGCCCUGGACUCUGAGGUGUCGGGAAAGAUCGGUCUGCGAGCCGUUGUUUAUUACUUCUCAACAACCAUCAUUGCCGUCAUCCUUGGAAUUAUUUUGGUCAUGGCUAUCAAACCCGGAGUGUCUCAGACGGCAGAACACAUUGACAGAGCUGGGACCACGCCCAACGUUACCACGGUGGACACGCUCCUGGACCUGAUCAGAAACAUGUUUCCGGAAAACCUGGUGCAAGCUUGUUUUCAGCAGUACAAGACCAAGCGCAAAGAGCUGGAGCCUCCGAAGGUUGUAGUCAACACUAACACCACCACAACAAUCCCACCUCUCUCCACUACCAUCAUGGCAGCAGUGGAGAACAUCACCAAGGACUAUAAAAUCAUCGGCUCAUAUUCGAGCGGAGUCAACGUACUGGGGCUUAUCGUGUUCUGUGUUGCCUUUGGCCUCGUCAUCGGGAAAAUGGGAGAGAAGGGCCGCAUCCUCCUGGAGUUCUUUGACGCCCUUAAUGAAGCAACUAUGAGACUGGUCCAGAUAAUUAUGUGCUACAUGCCAGUGGGGAUCCUGUUCCUCAUUGCUGCAAAAAUCAUUGAGGUGGAAGACUGGGAGAUCUUCAAGAAGAUGGGUCUUUAUAUGGUGACGGUGCUGAGUGGUCUAGCUAUCCACUCCACCAUCUGUCUGCCACUGAUCUACUUCAUAAUUGUGAGGAAGAACCCGUACACAUUCACGCUGGGAAUGGCUCAGGCCCUGGUAACGGCACUCAUGAUCUCCUCCAGCUCUGCCACCCUGCCCGUCACCUUCCGAUGUGCCGAGGAGAACAAUCGCAUCGACAAGAGGAUCACCCGCUUCGUCCUCCCGGUGGGUGCCACCAUCAACAUGGACGGCACGGCGCUGUACGAGGCGGUGGCCGCCAUCUUCAUCGCGCAGCUUAAUGACUAUGCUCUGGACGUGGGCCAGAUUGUCACUAUCAGUAUAACAGCUACAGUUGCCAGUAUCGGAGCAGCCGGAGUCCCAAACGCUGGACUUGUCACCAUGGUGAUAGUCUUAACAGCUGUUGGGUUGCCGGCAAGUGAUGUCACUCUGAUAGUCGCUGUAGAUUGGCUGCUGGAUCGCUUCCGCACUAUGAUCAACGUCCUCGGCGAUGCUUACGGCGCCGGCAUCGUUCAGAAGCUGUCCAAGAGGGAGCUGGAGAGAAUGGACCUGACCUCCGACGUGGAUGUCGCCAACCCUUUCGCCCUGGAGGCCACGCUGGACGACGAAGAGUGCGAGAAGAAAUCGUACGUCAACGGGGGCUUCACCGUCGACAAGACCGACGCCAUCUCCUUCACGGAAACCUCCCAGUUUUAGCCUCUGGCUGGCUCAGAGGAGGAGAGAAAGUGCCACACUGCUAUGGAUGUAAAGUCGGAAAAACCUUUCAUUGUGUGUGCGUAUCAGCACCACAGUGAGAGAGAGAAUAAAAAACUAUCCAACCAGCCCCAUCCAAGCUCAGACAUCAGCCACAGAAGCAGCCCCAAUAAAGCUUAUCCGAGAUGAUCACCCUUCACGUUGGACAUUUACAACACCACUAGAUUAAAGUGCUUCCUUGUUACACUCAAAUUGUGCCAAGUUUACCUAUAGUGGUUACCUAUCGAAUAAGAGUGUGUUCACUCAAAACAAGAGCUGUGUGCUUGUAUGUGUGUGUGUGUGCGCCUGUGUGCAUGAGGAUGCUCAUUUUGGGUGUAUCUGAAGCGAGUGUGCAUAUUCUGCAAAUCAGUUUAACUAGACGACGCUCAAAAAAAUGUCCUUUUUGGGUAGCCUUUGUUGAAUGUCUGCGUCCCAUAAUGCACUGCUUGUAUAUCUAUCUGUAUAUUUAAACUGUGCCAAACAUAUGAAGAGUUUUUUUUUUUGUUGUUGUUGUUUUUUUUUCGGCAAGUUGCAUGAAGCAAUAUGUUAAAGAAACGUCAAGAUCUUUGGCUGCAGACUCAUUUUCGAUGGGGACUACGCAGAGACUGGAUACUAAUAUGUAUGUUUAUUAAGUCAAUGAACACUGUGAAAUCUGAGGACAUUUUUAGAACCAAAUCACUGGCAUUUAUUAAUGCAUCGCAGAAAUACAAUAAUUAUAUGAUGUGUCUGUGAUUGCACAGUGUGGAGGAAACUAACAGUAUAAUAUACAUAUAUAUAUCCCAAAAUGUACCUACUGUACCAAGGCCAUUUUAACUGUCAGCUGUUUUAUGUGUUUAUAAUCAGCCAUGUCUUUGGAAUUUCCUUAUUACAGUUUUAUUAGCAUACUUUCACUCUGGUCCAAGACCAUGUUCAAAUGCUCUUAAUCCAUUGUCAGCUCAGCGUUCAUUGUGCCGGUUAGAAAAACAAAAAAACUGUUGGUCAGUUUUUUAAAGGAAUGGUUUGACUAAUUGGGAAAUACCUUUUUGGUGCAAAGAUAUAAGUUUAUGACAAGAAAAUAGAUGCUUCUCAUUUUUGUACAUUACAUUCAGAGCUACGGCCACGUAGCUGUUAGCUUAGCAUGAAGAAAAGAAAGCAAAAAAACAAAAAAGUCUCAGACCCAGCUCAGUUGUCAGAUUUGGAAUUAAUUUGAUCGCACUCAGCUUAGAUCGAUGUGCUUUUGUAGUUAGAGGCAGCUUUUUGGCAUUUAAGCUUAAAAUUAAGACUAUAAACCUGUACCACGCCGCCGUUUAACCGACUGUUUUGUGAAACAUAUAAUUUAUUUAAAAAGCUAAAUUAAAACAAACUAUUCCCUGACUUGCCCUUUGUGCAGUAUUUAACUUGACAUGGACUGUCUAAGCUGUAUCUUUUGUCGACAUUACCAAUCGUAGUCAUAAUGACUAGACACUGACUUUGAAAUGAAGUUGAUCAGCGUAGGCUUAGGCUAGCCUCGAAACCAACCCAACUUCUCCCGACUGUUCAUUUUUAUGCAACAGAAAGUUAACCUGGGGUCGCUGUUGGGAACUGAUUAUGCUAUAUAUUGGUUGCAGGACUAUCCAAUUGUGUGCAGAAGUAUUACAAGUAUUCCGGGCUACCACUCAGCAAGACAGGAGAUAAAAAAAAAAAUUAAAAAAAAAAAAGGAACACAUGCAUGUAUUUACAAACGCUCAGCAUGGGAACGCAACCAAUUAUCAAACCAUUGCAAAAACUAACCAGCAAGACGCCAAAGUAAAUUCUUUUUGUAUUUCUUCUGUGCUUCUUUUUCUUUUGUAUACUUGAAGCCUAGAUGCCUACUUAGCUUCUCACUAGCCUAAAGUGAGCGCUGGCAAUUGUGGCAACAGGUGCGAUUGUUAUCCACAAAUGGAAUCGGAGCUGAAGCUGGUGUGUGACUGGCAGCAAGAAAUAGAAUAGAAAUUCCAAAAAAAGAUUGAAGGAAGGGACACAAAAAUUUUGUUUUUGGAAUGGGCUAAAGGAUUUAAGUCAUAUAUCACAAUAUAAAAAAGUUAGGAUUGCUUAGCUAUAACCUGUUGGUUUGACAAUAUGGGCAAAUAUUUUAGUUGUUAUAACAGUUAAACAGAUUAAAAUGAUGAUGCAGGUCAUUUGACAAUGAAAGUAAUAACGUGUUGCUGCUCUUAGGAACACGUUUGGCAUUAAUGGAGGAAAGAUCAAGUAUUCUUAAUGUAGUCACUGGAUUUUUGGAUGUAGUCAUUUUGUUAUUGAAAUACUUGCUUGGAUGUAAUUGCCAUAAAUGCCUGCACUUGCAGUAUGUUAAUGCUCCCUGGCUGAACUGUUACUGUUUAUGCUCGCAGCUAACCUUAGCCACCACAUGCUAAUGGACGUAGUUUACAACUAGAGGUCCUGCAGAUCUACUGUAUAUUUAAAAAAAAACAACAACAUGUGAUUUUAAUUAAAUAGCCACUGGAGAGAUUAUUAAAUAAAUCCCAAUUCACUGAAACAAAGCACUGUUAUUUUCACAUCAUGGCCGUUGAGUUGUGCGACGUUUGGAUGGAAACCCAGCUCAUGGCUGAGCCUGCUUGGUCGUUUGCCAGGCUAUUUUACAGCACAACCUCUCUGUACAAUGCAUUCCAUUCAAACAUGGGUAUUCCUCCCUAGUUAGACAGUGACGGUUACACCUCAUACAGGUUUACUUGCGUUUGGUUCUGAUCAUGUAUGCUCCCAAACCACCGGCUACUAGUGUCAGUACUAAAAAACUACAAACUGCAAAUGCCACUUUAUGUUCAUUCCUUUCGUAUAAUUAGGGUCAGUGCCUAUGUCACAGUAAUCAAAAUGUUCCAGAGUGUUUACAGAGUUCACAUCACUACAUAUGCAUUUUAACGUACAUCUGGUUCAGUUAAAACUUGAGAGUCCAUUCAUAAGCGAUCGCCUACACUGCCAUACUUGGGCCAUAGGUGAAAUAAGAAGCCAGUUUUACUAUUAUUAUUAUUAUUUCUAUAUAAAUCAGAAACAACAUGACGAUAAACCCCUCCCAAAUCAGGUUGUAUUCCACAUUUCAAAAGCACACUAUACCGGCGCCGGCUGACCCUGCUCUGUACUCAAGUACCUACAGUAUGUGAACCAACAUGUACUACAUUAUUAUGUGUAAGCAAGCAAAUAAAAGAAAGUUGCUCAUUCUUUG